AUGAACUCCACCCCGACGUUCGUCGCUUUGUAUGGAACGACCCUCAGUCGCCGCCGCCGCCGCGCGCUUCUGGAACAUCACGGCGGCGACGCCGACGGAACACACGCGAUGUUGGACCACGACGGAAUGAAGAUGUCCUCCCACCACGACGACGCCGACGCCCACCACGCGAUGAAGAAGGCGUGGACGUCCAGCGGCGGCCACGGCGACUGGAGCGUCGGUUCGCAUCACGAGAAGAUGAAGCGUCACCGCCAGCACGCGCACGAGUCGUGGGCGGACUGGAUCGAGACGAAGAUGAAACGCGGCGCGGAACUUCGCGACGCCGCGCGCGACCACGCGCGCGCUUCGAUGCAGACGGCGUCCGAGCACGUCGCGAACGCGCACGCGAAGAAGAAGGAGCGCGUCGCGAACGUCGCGGAGAUGCUUCACGGCGGGAAGAAGAACUGA